AAUAAAUGAUAUCAAUUCUCAAGGAAGGGGCUUCAAUUAUUACCUUAUUAGUGUUUUUACCUUAAAAAUUGCUGUUCUGUAUUUUAAUAGAAUAUUUAUUUUCUUUUUCAUGCAUUGCUGCUCGUUAUUUCAUAUCGGUAAGGAGGACGACUACUAUCUAGCUCAGAGAAUUCAAAAUCUGAAAAAAAUCAAAAUUCUUCACGCUUAGAGCUGGUGUCAAAUCAUAAACCUAAAUUUUCCAAUUUUUCCGUCAAAUCUCCAAUAUCGUUUAAACAAAUAACACCAAUUCAACAAUCAAGUCAAAUGAAUAGUCCAACAAAUACAAAAGCUGUGAGUCAAAAUAAAAUAUCCUUUAACUCUUUAGCAGAAAUGACUGCACAUCAUUUAGAAAAAUCUAAAGAUUCUUCAAACAAAAGUAAUUUUGCACCAAAAAUUUUUAAUAAACCAUUCGUUAUUCCUAAAUUAAGUAGUAAAAUCACUAAUUGUCAGACCAAUUCAACAAACAAUAAUAAGGCCACAGAUUUAAUUGAUCAUUCAGAACGUAAUAGUAACGAGUGUUUAUCAUCAGUACAAACUGACUCUGAAACUGAAAAAACAGUUAAUCAUAAAAUAAAAGAUCUAUCUAAUGAAUCACAUAAUUGUUCUGAACUAUAUAAAUCAUGUAGUGAUAGUUCAGAUACGUUUAAUUUAGAGAUUGAUUUAACAGCAGCUCUGCGACAUAGUAAAAAAAUGCAUAAAAAAGCGAACAAUCAUGAACAUGUUCAAGAAAAUAUGUCAACUCCUGUAGAAAUGUUUAAUCUUGAUAAAAUUUAUGAAAAAAUUGAAACUCUACCGUCAUCAGUGAUUGAAAAAAGCUCUAAUAUUCUUGAGUGUAAUUUAAGUAUGAUGAGUUUGCGUUAUAAAAAGUUAAAUCAUUCAAAUAAAGUUGUUUCAUUAUUUGGAAAAAUUAUAUGUAAAAAAUGGACAACACAUAGUAGACCUUAUAUUAAAUCGUAUCGAUCAGAAUUGAAUAAAAAUAUUAAAAGAUUUGAUUUUACUUCUCUAUCACCUGAUGGUAUUGUUCUAGCAAAUUUGAGAAGAUUAUGAAUUGAUAAUAAUUUAAUUGUAUAUUUUUUUAAAGAUUUUAUAUUAUAUACAAUACGUAUGAUAUUAAGACGUAUCUUUAUCGAA